CCGCCCCGCCCCGCUCCGCCGCCGCCGCCGCUUUGGGCCCCGGGGCCGGCACCGGGCAGCGGGGAGCGGGGCCCGCAGCCAUGGGCACGGUGCUGCAGCGCCUCCAGCGCCUCCUCGACCGCCCCGGGCCGCUCGCAGACCUCCUGGGCCGCCUGGAGGCCCGCACCGGAGUCCGGCGGCUCUACCUGGCCUCAGGCUCCGUGGCGUUCCUGGGGCUCUACCUGGCCUUCGGCUACGGCGCCUCGCUGCUCUGCAACCUCAUCGGCUUCGUCUACCCCGCGUAUGUCUCCAUCAAAGCCAUCGAGAGCUCCAGCAAGGAGGACGACACCACGUGGCUGACGUACUGGGUGGUGUACGGCGUCUUCAGCGUGGCCGAGUUCUUCUCCGACACCUUCCUCUACUGGUUCCCCUUCUACUACGUCGGGAAGUGCCUGUUCCUGGUGUGGUGCAUGGCCCCCGUGUCCUGGAACGGCUCGCAGGUGCUGUACCACAACGUCAUCCGGCCCUGCUUCCUCAAGCACCACCAGGCGGUGGACUCCGUGCUCGGCGACCUCAGCACCAAGGCGCUGGAUGCGGCCUCCACCGUCACCCGAGAAGCCUCCAGGGCAGCCGUGAAGCUGGCGCGGGACGCGAAGAGCGACUGAGGCACCGGGACCGCGCUGGAACCACACUGGGAUGGCACCGGGAUGAUACUGGGAUGAUACUGGGAGGGCACUGGGAUGAUACUGGGAGGGCUCUGGGGUAGCACCAGGACACCACCAGCCCGGCCCCCUCCCCCCGGUGUCCCCCGUUCCUCCCCCGCCCCCCCAAUAAACCAC